UUGGAGUUUCCGAGGGGGAUACUAUGUGGAAGUUGUGCGAGUGCCUUUCGGAGGUGGCUCAACUGUGCGUUGUUGCGCCCAAUGUCCUCGAAGAAGCUCAUCAAGUUGACAACGUUGACAGAUCGUCGGUCAUAUCUUAACGAUUUUUCGGUGAUUUCGGAUGUUCGGAUGGAGAAUUCGAUAGGCUAUGUUCCCGAGAUCAUAUACAUAUAUAUUUUAGUUUUUGACACCCCAAUAUCAACCCCGAGUUAUCGACUGGUUAAAAACACGUUAAAAACCUGUCAAAAACUCCAACGUCAAAAACUCGGUAGUUUUUCACGGAGCCCUAUUCCUGAUGUGAUUCUUCCUGGCAACAGCGAGCAAAUACCAUUUGCAUUCGAGCUAUAUUCGAAAAUAAAUGAAAAUGCCUCAAAGAGAAAAUCUCGGCGCAGACAUGCCUGGGCGAGUGAACUUGCUGAAACGUUCAAGAGCACAUUCUGCAGGUCGCACGUCCACAUCCAUUUCAUCGCCGUAUGGGAUACUGUAUCUUCGGUUGGCGUUGUGAGGGGCAAGACGCUACCUUCGACCACUGACGGCGACCACCAUAUGUGCUAUUUCAGACAUGCCCUUGCCUUGGAUGAGCGGCGAGUCAAAUUCCUUCCAGAGUAUAUCCAUGGUAGCCACUCGGACAUUGGCGGAGGCAAUCGACUCAACGAGAAGCUUCAAUCAGGCGACAUUCCAUUGCUAUGGAUGCGAAAGGAGGCUGUCGAGGCAGGCUUGAGGAUGAAGCCCACCGAAGUUGUCUGGAAGAUGGAUGACCUGCAGAAGAGGAUGUACGAAUCACUAAGGAGCAUGUGGUGGUUGCUCGAAUUCGCUCCUGUCAAGCGGGUUGUUUAUGGCACUCGAGACAGUCACGCGUUCGGGCUCCAUCGUGGCGCGCCUCGGGUGAUUCUCCCCGGACAGAAGAUUCACGCCUCUGUCUUGUUCAAAGGCAACUAUAGAGCCAAGGCCAAAUUCUGGAAGGACUUCGACGUCUGGCCAGAAUUGCUGUACUGGAAUGAUCCAGCCAGCCAACGACGACUUUCCAAACUGGGUCAGCUGUGGGAGAAGGAUAUCUUUGAUGAAUCAACCGUGCCCUCGCUUCUAAGAGAUAUCCAGUUACACGGAGUGGAGUGUUUCGAUGCGGUUGACCGACUGGUGUUCAUGGCCUCAUUUGAACAAGGAAGGGCUGCGAUCAAAGAAUCGGACAGCUGGGAGAGUCAGUUAAAUAAGCUAGUCCGUUACAGCGAUGAUCCGAAAGUAUGUGUUAGUCCUACCGUUGCACUAAGCGAACUAUUGCCCAAACUUGACGCAGAAUACUUCCAAAAGGCAGCUGCUGACGUGUUGAAAAUGCUGGACAGCAGGGACGAUAUUGAUCGGAUUCGAGCUUGCAGAGCCCUCCCCGCCCUAAUCAAGCAUGCCGCGGUGGGGAAUGAGAUCUUGAAUGAAGCAACAUUACAGCGUGUACUAGCCCUAGGAGGGGUCUCCGAAACCAAGUCGUUGAUGGUGCAAAUUUAUGUAUCACAGACUUUGUCGUUGCUUUCUAGCUAUGACCUGUACCGACCGGCUGUGACAGAAAAGGCCGCGAAGGGCAUCACCGAUGUUCUUGGCAGCCAACACGAAGAAAUUUUGGUAGCGGCCUUACGCAUACUUGCUGCCCUUGUCCACGACGAAAGAGCGCAAGCUGAGGUUCUAGAUCUAAUUCCUACGCUUAUCAAACAUUUGAAGCAACACGACUUUUACAUCUCACCACCGGUGGGCAAUGUUAUAUGUGCGUAUGCAAGACACGACACCUUCCGUGAUCGUUUAUUCGACCCAGGAUGUGGUUUUAUCGCACUUUUGGUCGACAUGUUGGAACAUCGCUUAACUGAUAUUGAGGAUCCUGCUAUCCAAAUCCUUGGCCAACUUGCGAGCCAUAUUGACGUUCAGACUGACUUGAUUCAAAGAAGAUUCAUCGAGAAAUUGGUGUCGCUGAUGAAAAGUCGAAAGCACGAAACAAGUAGUAGAGCUAUUCUCGCGAUGUUGUCAAUUCUCCGGCACCCAUACAUACGACUCAAAGCAAUCGAGGAAGGUGUCGUUGUGACAUUGGUCAAUCGUUUAAAACAUCGGAAGAACUGUUUGCUUGUGGCUUACGCAUUCUCUCGUAUCCUGGACUACGACAACAUCAGAACAGCUAUGAUUGAUCCAUCUGCGCAUGACUAUAUCAUCAGCGCUGUCAAGGAAGGAUUGUUCAAUGUGACGGUCGAGAAUGAACCUGGUAAAGAAGUGCUCGGACGCCUCAUGCACAACGAUGAACUGAGGGCAACUAUCCUCAAAGCCCACACAACAGCGGCCCUUUGUACUAUGUUCAAAAAGGGCGAUCCAACGCUGAAUCAUGCAGCAUUUGAUUUCCUGGACAUCAUAUCCAACUAUCCUGACGGGAAAGAGUUGAUUAGAGAAACUAAGAUUGCCAUAUUCCGCGCCAUAGUGGCGGCCUUGGACCACCAGAAGUGGGACUCACAAAGGAACGCUGCAACAGCACUCCACACUCUUGUAGGGAUUCAGGAUUCUUCUUUUGAAAGAGAAUUUGUCACACAAGAAUUUCGAUCAGUCAUCUUGGAAGAAAUCUCGCAAAUACUGAAAUUGUUGGUACAUGAUCGAUCUUACUGUGUCGUUGGCGGUGCGGCAGCUCUCUUGGCACUAUCUGAUGACGGUAUGUUGCAUCGCACGAUAGGCGCGUCAUAA